UUUUUUUUCCCUUGGCUCGGCUUAGAGGAGUAUAAGCCGGGUGCCCGAAAAAUAGCACUCGGCUUAUAGGCUAACACACGGGAAAACCGAAUUUUCCUGUAGUGCUUAUUGUACAAAAAAUAAUUCCAGAGGGGUUUCCGCAAAAAACUAGGGCACACACCCUUGCCUCCGACAUCCAGUCACCGACAUCGGUCCCAUGCCAUGUUGGUAUGCCUCGUCAGCGUCGCGGACGUAUACAAAUGUCAUUGUAACCGUAUAUGCACGUCCAUGUCAAGUUAUGAAACCAGUAUGAUGUAUUUUGCAAGUUCAGGCACUAAACUGCACAUCCGUGGCAAGUUCAAGCACGUCUUUCCUCACCAAAGCGGUGGCUCGGUCGCUUUCGCACGCUCCAUCUCCUUCCCCCUCGGCCCCUUGAGGCCUUGCUCUGCAAAAUCUCAAUCAAAAACCUGGUUUAGUUCUCGCGAUUGAUCUGCAAUCACAAAAAGAAGGAAUAAAAACCAAGAAGGAUCCUGGCAUUACAGUGCAACAGUGCCACUUGUUUUGUCUGACACAACGGUACAGCUGAAAACAUCACUCACACGUGCACGCCCGCGUGUCACUGUCAGACAACAGCUCAACUGAUACAUCAAUUGAGGGAGCUUCGCUGGGAUCACCGUCUCCAUCUUUAUAAGCCAGCAACGCCACACAGACGCAAACACACACGCACGCACCCAUCAUCAAGCGUAGCUAUCUAGCUCUCAAGUGACCAGCUCGGCGGCAAUGGCGCGCGCCUUCGUGCGCUCCAUCUCCUUCCCGCUGAGCCCGUCGAGGUCGUCGUCCUCCUCCAAGCCGCGCGCGCCGUCGUCAUCGUACCAUGCGCGGUCCGUAAGCCUACCGUGCCGGUCGCACCCGAUCCUGGCGCACCUCCACACCCACAUCCGCGCCGUGCGCGCCUGGGCGCAGCAGGGACCAGCGGCGUUGGCCGCCUCCGUGGCCGUGGGGCUGGCGCACGUGGACGCGCUCCACUCCUCGCUCGGCGACCUGCUGGACCUGCCCGAAGCACAGGCCGCGCUCUCCGGCGCCGGCGGCACCGUGGACCGCCUCCUCGACUCCUUCCUCCGCCUCGCCGACGCGCACGGCUGCUUCCAAGAGACCGUAGUGGCGCUCAAGCAGGACGUCGCCGAGGCGCUGGCGGCCGUCCGCCGUCGCGUCGGGGCGCGCCUUGCCUCCGCCGUGCGGUCCCAGUGCAGGGCCGGCCAAGAGCUCGCCCGCCUCGCCGCCACGGCCAGGGAGUCCGCCGUCCGGCCCACGCGCCUGAGCAUCCUCGGCGGCGGCCAAGGCAGCGCGGCGGAGGUGGAGGUGACGGGGCUGCUGAUGGAGUCGGCCGCGGCGACGGCGUCGGCGUCCGCCGCGCUGUUCGGUGCCGUCGCGGCCAUGUCCGGGUCCGUGGAGGCGGAGUCCUGCUCGUGCAAGGGCACGGCGGCGCUGGUGUGCCUGGUGAAGAAGAACAAGAAGAAGUCGUCGGCGCCGGGGUGUGGGGAGGAGGGGGUGGCGGUGGCGGCCGUGGCGGAGAGGCUGGAGGAGCUGGAGGAGUGCAUCGAGGAGCUAGAGGCCGGCAGCGAGAAGGUGUUCCGUAGCCUCGUGCAAACCCGGGUCGCGCUGCUCAACAUCCACACGCUCCACAUCUUCUAGCUUUACUACUAUCACUAUCAUCCAUGAUCCAUCCAUCUUAAUUGUAGUACUAAUGAAAUUAGUGCUAGCAAUCCAGUGUAACUGUAAAUAAGUUAAGUAGAUGAUGAAUAGAAGAAGGAAUUUGUGCAACUCCUGCAUA